AUGCGAUCCACAGAAGUUGCUAAGAGGUGCCAAGCAUAUAUUGAAGAAUUGUAUAAAGAUCCAUUAACGUCCAUCUUCAAAGAAAUUAAUCCUGAUGCCACAUAUCAAGAAAUUUGCCCGAUUCCGAUGGAUUUGAGAACAGUCAAAUUAAAACUCGAUGAAAACAAAUAUCAAAGCUUCAAUGAUUGGGUUUCCGAUAUGUUUCUUAUCUUUGAUAAUACAAUUAAAGUAUAUCAUAACAAAAAUCAAUUAUUAUCAAAUUCAGCGGAAUUUCACAAAGAGAGAUUAAAAAAAUUCAUAAAUAUGAUGACAAAUAUGAACUCAAGGAACUUAGAACAACACCUUAUCGAUGCGUAUUCUGAAUUGCAAAAGCUUCUUCUCGAUCCUCCAUCUCAUUCUUAUGUUUGUGAGAAUUUGAGAAAGAUUGAUUCAAUAUCUGCACUUCACCCAUUCACUGCAGAAAGAAUUACGAAACUAACAACAGGAAUUAACAACGCUUUGAAACAAAAUUCAGAUAAGUCGAAAGUAAUACUUGAAAAACUGAAGAAAGGUGGUUUAGUAAGCCAAAAAUCUCCAAAUAUAGAUCUUGCUCUUGCAGGAAGAGAUCUUUUGAGCAAUCUUGAGCAUUCUGUUUAA